AUGGUCAGCCGGAACUUUAAGAACGUUCUGGUGGUCUCCAUCGGGUUCCUGUCCCUGUUCACGGCGUAUGGAGGUCUGCAGAGUCUACAGAGCAGCCUCAAUGCGGAGCAGGGGAUGGGCGUGGCCUCCCUCAGCGUCAUCUACGCCUCCAUCAUCAUCUCCUCCAUGUUCCUCCCUCCCAUCAUGAUCAAGAACCUGGGCUGUAAGUGGACCAUCGUAGUGGGCAUGGCCUGUUAUGUGUCCUACUCCUUUGGAAACCUCUACCCCGGAUGGUACACCCUCAUCCCCACCUCCGUCAUCCUUGGUCUGGGGGGUUCGCCGCUGUGGUCGGCCAAAUGCGCCUACCUGACCAUCUCUGGGAACCUCCAGGGCGCCGCCGAGGGCAAACGGGGCUCGGACAUCAUCAACCAGUACUUCGGCAUCUUCUUCUUCAUCUUCCAGUCGUCGGCCGUGUGGGGAAACCUCAUGUCGUCGCUCAUCUUUGGACAGGACACCAAAUUAGCAAAUAUCACGGCGGAGCAGCUGCAGACCUGUGGAGCGGCUGACUGUGGCCUGGAUAUCAGCUCCAACAGCACCACCUCCAGGCCGGCACAGUCACUGGUCUGGACGCUGGUCGGAUGCUACAUCGGCGUGGGCGUGCUGGCCAUCCUCAUCGUGGCCAUAUUCCUGGACAACAUCGACCGGGAACAGGUCAGCCAGUUCCGUGGGAACCGUGAACCAUUCUGCCACACCUUCAUGGCCACGUUCCGUCUGCUGAAGGACUGGAGGCUGCUGACGCUCAUCCCUCUGACCAUGUACAGCGGCUUCGAGCAGAGCUUCCUGUCUGGAGAGUACACCAAGAACUACGUGACGUGUGCUUUGGGAAUCCACUUUGUCGGCUUUAUAAUGAUGUGUUUCGGUGCCGCCAACUCACUCUGUUCUUUCCUGUUCGGGAGGUUGGCCAGGUACACCGGCAGGGCGGCGCUCUUCUUCUUCGCGGCUCUCACUAACUUCGCCUGCAUCUUGGCGCUCCUGUUCUGGCGUCCUCAUCCUGACGACCUGCCGGUGUUCUUCGUCUUUCCCGCUCUGUGGGGAAUGGCCGACGCCAUCUGGCAGACUCAGACCAACGCUCUGUACGGCAUCCUCUUCCCCAGACACAAAGAGGCGGCGUUCGCCAACUACCGCAUGUGGGAGUCCCUGGGCUUCGUCAUCGCCUUCGCCUACAGCACCUUCCUGUGUCUGGAGUACAAACUGUACAUCCUGUUGGCCGUGCUGCUGCUGACGCUGCUCACCUACCCCAUAGUGGAGUACCACGAGCACAAGCACCCCACCCCCCCCAUCGAGGAAGGCACCUACACCAGCGGCAGGAAGCAGGUCCAGGAAAACGACAAGGACGUCAUCUGUCAGACACACCUAUAGAGUAGACCACCACAGACUGCCACAGACCACCACAGACAACCACAGACCACCACAUACAACCACAGACCACCACAGACAACCACAGACCACCACAGACCACCACAGACA